GCGGCGCCUGGGGGUGCGUGACGUCACUUCCGGUCGCGGUGGCGGAAGCGCGCGAUGGACGAGGAGAUGAGCGAGGGCCGGCCGGGGGUGGCGGCGACGCUGCGGGCGCUGAACGGGGCCCUGGGGCGGCCCGCCGCGGUCUGGAUGAAGGAGAGCGGCGCCCGCAACCUGCGCCACCGGGAUUUCCUGGCGCCGCGGGCCGCGCUGGGCGCCGCCUUUCCCGGCGGGCAGGUAGGCCGCGCUGCGGGGGCAGGGCUGGGUCGGGAGCGGGAUUUGCGGGAGCUGUUUGAUGGCGGCGGGGCUGGGGCUGCCUCUGCACGUGCAGCCCGGACCCCUCCUCGCCCUCCGCCCGCAGGUGCCCCCCGAGGCCGUGUCGGCGGUGCGGUCGCUGCGGGGCCCGGCGGUGCUGCCGCUGCGGGACUGCCGGCAGACGCCGGCGGGGCUGGCGGUGCAGGUGCACCGCCCCGAGGCCUUCCAGCGCCUGCUGCGGCCUCUGCCCGGCCCGGCGCUCCCCGCGGCGGCGGCGCGGGCGGGCUGCGUGGUGCUGCACUGCCCGGCCCUGCGCAGCCCCGGCGCCCUGCGGCCCCGCCACCUCCGCUCCGUCCUGCUGGCCGAGCACCUGGCCCAGCUGCUGCGCGCACAGGGGUGAGUGCCCGCGGCCCGUCCUGCUCCCGGCCCCGCGCCGCAGGGCCCGCCGCUCCCAGCGCCUGCCUCGCCCUCUCUCGCAGGGUCGACGUCCGCCCGGUGCCUGCCCUCAGCGAGGAGAGCAGCUGGGACGUGCUGCGGCAGCUCCGCGUCUGCUGGCCCUGCGGCUCCGCUGGCUCGUCCCUCGCUGAGGCCAUCUCGGCCCUGAAGGCAGCGCUGGGCCGGUGCCCCUGUGCCUCAGCCUGUGAGCAGGGGCCAGGCACAGCCCAGGGUGGCAUCUGUAAGGUGCACCUGAAGAGCUUCGUGGAGCAGCAGGGCUUGUUGGGCUACGACCCCAAUCUAGAUGUGCUUCUCGUGACAGAGAGGACACUGCAGUGCUUGGCUGAGCUGCAGGAAGCUGUUCUGCAGUGCCCAGCCAAAGGCCAGAGCAGUUGCUGCAGCAUCGUGCAUGUGGUGAACUGUGAGGAGGAAUUCCAGCAGCAGCAGCUGGAUGUGCUCUGGAGGAUUUUGGAUCCGGGAGCCCACACAGCUUUGCAAAAACAUCUUGUCUGUGGGCCAGUGAAGGUGACCAACCCCUCAUCACCCAUUGGGGCAGACCAGUACUUCCAGCUCCGAAAGCACCAGAUGUACAAAGCCUCCGUGAUAAAGUAUGGGGAGCUUGCACAAGAUGAGGCCUGGACAGAGGUGAUUGAUACCCUGACAGUGGCUGCCAUCAGGUUUGAGAUGCUGAGCACUGCUCACCGGAGUCAGAUCACCCUGGACCUGGAGAACAGCAGCAUCUCCACAAAGGGAACGAAGAGUGGUGCCUUUGUGAUGUACAACUGUGCCCGACUGGCCACGCUCUUCAGCACCUUCCAGCAGGCUGUGGAGCGGGGCACAUACCCACCUCUGCCACCAGUGUCUGAACUGAACUUCUCCUGCCUCCGAGAAGAGGGUGAAUGGCUCCUGCUCUUCAACUAUCUCCUGCCCUUCCCUGAAGUCCUGCAGCAGGCAGCACAGCUGCCCGCACCCUCCAAGGGGAUCCGGAUCACUGCCAACACAGAGACAGUGUGCAAGUUCCUGAUCCAGCUCAGCAUGGAUUUCAGCUCCUACUACAACCGAGUGCACAUCCUUGGGGAGCCAUUCCCUCAUCUCUUUGACCAGAUGUUUGCUCGCCUCCAGCUGCUGGGAGCAGUGAGGGAUGUGUUUCACAGUGCCCUGGCAACCCUGCACCUCCCUCCUCUGAGCCAGAUCUGAGCCACCCCUGAAGAGCUGCACCAUGGUGUGGCAGUCACUCGCACCCCACACGUUGUGGGGGGAGAACAGGGCACAGUCUCCUGGCAGGGCAAGGGGCUGCUCCAGGCAGGCAAGGCACAGUUCAGCCCCGUGGAGGCGCUUCCCUGCCCAUGGUGUUUAGGGAUUGGUCUGUGCUCUCUGCAGCUGUGUCCAGUGUGCGACAUGGAUGCCCCUCCACAUCCACACCAGUAGAAGGGAAAAGAGUUCCUGUGGCACCCCAGAAGCUGGGCUGGGAGUACUUGGGAGGUGGCAGCAGGGACCAGUCACCACAAAGACAGACAAAUGCCAACUUCACCUCCCUCAAAACUUUAUUGAAAGGUGCUCUGUGCUGGCAGGGAGCUCCUGAGGCUCCUGGCUCCUGUUGGGCUCUGAGCCAGGCCCCAGUAGUUGGGCCCAAUACACUCGUUGCUGGACAACC